AUGGGAAGUUGCUGCAAGGAUCCGAAGACCCCAGAGGAUCUCGCUUCCGGCGAAUCUUUUGUUCGGAACGAGGCCGAGGCGAUUGCUGGUGACGCGCGAGCCGGGCUGGCGGUGCUGGUGGGCGUGUCAGCUCCCGGUCCCCGGACUAGGAACUGCGGUCCCGGGCUGCCCCCGCCCGUUGUGCGCUGGGUGGGAGUGUGUCUGAGCAGUAGACGCUUGUCGUUGCAGGGCUCUGCAGUGUACAGGUGCCUGUCUGUGGACUGCACUGAGGAGUGGAACGGUCCAGCCCUGAGUCAGAGAGCCCUGUACCGCCGCUCCAUGCCGGAAACUUACCGCAGCGUGGCCUCCCUGGGUGAGACUCGGAUGGAGAAUUCAGAGUUGUCUCCAAGGCAAGAGAUUUCCAAAGGAUCAGAGUCAUCUGAUGGGACAUCAGGAGGCCUCUGUGGGGUGGUUCCUGGGGGACCAGAAGCUGGAAAUGCUUUAGGAAAGCUAGAAGCACAUCCCUCAGAGGAGGAAGGGAGCAGACUGGAAAGUGAUUUCCUGGAAAUAAGACAUGAAGAUAAAAAAAAAUCCGCAAAAGAUGGAUAUGAUGAGUAUAAGGACCUUGGGGAACAUCCGAAUCUAUCUUCCAGUCCUGUAGAACAUCAGGUUCUGAAGGUACAGAAAUUCUAUCAAUGUGAUGAAUGUGGCAAAGCUUUCAAUUGGAGUUCACACCUCAUUGGCCAUCAGAGAAUCCACACUGGGGAGAAACCCUAUGAGUGUAAUGAGUGUGGCAAGGCCUUCAGGCAGACCUCUCAGCUCAUAGUUCAUCUCAGAACCCACACGGGGGAAAAGCCCUAUGAAUGCAGCAAGUGUGGGAAGACCUAUCGGCAUAGCUCCCAUCUCAUUCAACACCAGAGACUCCAUAAUGGGGAGAAACCAUAUAAAUGUAAUGAAUGUGGAAAAGCUUUCAAUGAGAGUUACAAACUCUAUGAUCACCAGAGGACCCAUACUGGGGAGAAACCUUAUGAAUGCAAUGAGUGUGGGGCAGCCUUUACUCGGAAUAAAAAUCUUCUCCGACACCAGGUACUUCACACUGGUAAGAAACCCUACAAGUGUAACGAGUGUGGGAAAGCUUUCUGUUCUAGUAGAAAUCUUAUUGACCAUCAGAGAAUUCACUCUGGGGAGAAGCCUUAUGAGUGCAAUGAGUGUGGCAAGGCCUUCAGUCGGAAUAAAAGUCUUAUUCGACACCAGCGACUCCACACUGGGGAAAAACCGUACAAAUGCAGGGAAUGUGGGAAAGCCUUCAAUCAGAACUCUCAUCUUGCUGACCAUGAGCGAAUUCAUACUGGAGAAAAACCUUUUGAAUGUAAUGAAUGUGGUAAGGCAUUCAGCCUGAGUAAAUGUCUUAUUCGACAUCAGAGACUUCACACAGGUGAGAAGCCCUAUAAAUGCAAUGAAUGUGGAAAAUCCUUCAAUCAAAACUCAUACCUCAUUAUACACCAGAGAAUUCACACUGGAGAGAAACCUUAUGAAUGUAAUGAGUGUGGGAAGGUCUUUAGUCAUAAUUCUAGCCUUAUGGUACAUCAGAGAACCCACACUGGGGAGAAACCCUAUAAAUGCAACGAUUGUGGGAAAGCCUUUAGUGACAGCUCACAGCUCACUGUGCACCAGAGAGUUCACACUGGUGAGAAGCCCUAUGAAUGUACUGAGUGUGGGAAAGCCUUCAGUCAGCGUUCCACUUUCAAUCACCACCAACGAAUUCACACUGGAGAGAAGCACUCAGGCCUGGCUAAGUCCGUUUUAUAAGGUGUAAGUUUCUA